AUGCCGCUUGCACGUUCGCCAACCAGGGUCUCGGACCACGCAGCUUCCGGUAGCGAUCUUUCUGUCGCCGGCUCGUCCAGGAUGGAGAAGUCAGAAUCAACAUCAGCAGCAGCAGGAGAAGUUAAUGCAGUGGGUAGGGUGAAGCUGCCUCCUUUUUGGAAAGAGAACCCGUUGCUGUGGUUCUCUCAAGUCGAAACAGCGUUUGCUCUGUCACGCAUUGUUUCGGAUAAUACCAAGUUCAGGAACGUGGUACUUGUUCUAGAUGCCAGCGUUUUGCCGGUCGUUGCAGAUGUAAUUCUCAGCCCUCCGGAAACUGGCAAAUACGACACCUUCCGGCGCCGAAUUUUAGAGUCGUUUGACGAAUCGAGUGAAUCCAAAUUGCGCAGGCUAUUAAGGGGUCACAGCAUGGGCGAUGAAAAGCCAUCGUCAUACUUGCAGCGAUUACGAAAUCUUGCAGGCGGUCAAUGCAGUGAAUCCAUUUUAAAAACUCUUUUUCUUGAACAAAUGCCUGAAAACUUCCGUGUGAUUUUAGCGAUUAGCGAGGGCAUGAACUUGGGGAAGUUGGCUCUUCAAGCCGAUAAGCUUUUCGAAAUCGUUAUUCCAGGUGUAGCUGCAUUAGCUGAUGCACACCCUUCCAACGUCGACAUCGUUGCGGCAACCUCCAAGUCAUCCUCGGACUUGAGUGAACAGCUCUCGGAGAUCCUAUCACGCCUGCAUCGAUUGGAAGCUCGCGAUGUAGGAAGAGAUGAUAGAUUUCGCAGACGAGACCGGAAAUUUUACAGACCUGAGGAACGUCGGGCACGUUCCAAGUCUCGUGAUGGACUUUGUAGACUUCACGCCAAAUACGGAGCGGAUGCUCGCCAUUGUUUUCCACCUUGCAAAUGGAUUAGCCAGCGUCAUCGGGAAAACUAG